AUGGUGGGCGAGCCGGGACCCCGGGACGGGGAGGGAGAGGACGGAGGGGGCAGGAGGGCAACGGCAGAAGCGCGUUUCCCGCAAGCGGCCCCAGAGCUGAAGCCCACGGAGACUGAACGCUGCAUCGAGUCCCUGCUGGCCGUCUUCCAGCGGUACGCGGGGCGCGAAGGGGACAACCGCACACUCUCCAAGAAGGAGUUCCUGGCCUUCAUGAACACCGAGCUGGCCGCCUUCACGAAGAACCAGAAGGACCCAGCUGUGGUGGACAGGAUGAUGAAGAAACUGGAUUUGAAUAGUGACGGGAAGCUAGACUUCGCGGAGUUCCUGAACCUCAUCGGGGGCAUUGCGGUGGCCUGCCACGAUACCCUGGUUGUUAACGCCCCGUGA